AUGUCUUCUGCUGGGUUCAAACGGACCCAUGCACGAAGCGCCAAUGCCGGCAGCUAUCAGCACUUGAAUGGCCUUGAAAAACAGAACAACAGCAGCAGCACAGAUGAAGAACCACAGGCCGCUACCUCUGGCGCCAGUUCCCUAUCGAGUGGUUUCUGGAAGGACAUGUCGCUCGUCUAUCGCAUCUAUCAGCAAUGCGUAGGCGCGCAAAUGUCCGUCUGCCUCAAGGUCAAGCUGCUGACAGGACUGGAGAAGGCCUUCCGCAUGCCCAAGUCACUGCAACUGUACGAGGGCAUACAAUUCGUCAGCAAUCUUGACGACGAUGGCGAAAAGGCCAGCAAACGGGCCAAGCUGCCGCCCAUUAGUGAGCAGGAUAUCGAGGCCGUGCUGCCACGCAGCUCCGAUGCCAAGGAGCAGGUGCUCAACAACAUGAUACUGAAGCGCUUGGGCAACUUUCUUCAAGAGCACACGCUGCAG